CACUCCAUAAGAGAUCCUCUUUUCUUGUCUUCCUAUCCCUCGGGCCAAGCCUUCGAGUUCGAACGUUAAACUUGAAAGGGGGCCUUUGAAUUGGAAAUCUCUGCACUUCUGCUCAUGGCGUGCAGAUUUGCAGAUUCCAGUUUCCUCUUCAUGGCCUGCCAUCAAAAGCCAGUUCGGAGCAGCAAACUCGUCUCACUUAGUUCGCCCGGCAUAUCUUAUCUGAAUUGCAGUUUCCUGCCCCAAGGGGAAUUUAAACAUCUUCAAUGUUUAUAUCCCAAGAAAAGAACUAAAAUCAUAAAAGCUGUAGCUAUCCCAGUUUCACCAUCUGCUGUGGACAGCACAGAGCAAAGAAAGCAGCUAUGUGAAAGCUAUGGCUUUACUCAAAUUGGAGAACCAAUUCCAGAAAAUAUUACAAUGAAGGAUAUCAUUGAUACACUUCCUAAAAAGGUAUUUGAGAUUGAUGAUGUGAAAGCUUGGAAGUCGGUUUUAAUAUCUGUUGCUUCAUACACAUUGGGAAUUUUCAUGAUAGCAAAUGCUCCAUGGUAUUUACUUCCUUUGGCUUGGGCAUGGACUGGAACUGCAAUAACAGGGUUUUUUGUGAUAGGCCAUGACUGUGCUCACAAAUCAUUUUCGAAGAACAAAUUAUUGGAGGACAUUGUUGGAACUCUGGCCUUUUUGCCCCUCAUAUAUCCAUAUGAACCAUGGCGGUUUAAGCAUGAUAGGCAUCAUGCGAAAACAAACAUGUUGUUUGAAGAUACAGCCUGGCAGCCCAUAUAUAAAGAAGAGAUCGAUUUAUCCCCGUUUUUACGCAAAGCUAUCAUAUUUGGAUAUGGUCCAAUCAGGCCUUGGAUGUCUAUAGCUCACUGGUUGAUGUGGCACUUCGAUUUGAAAAAGUUCAGACCAAAUGAAGUUAAAAGGGUGAAGAUAAGCUUGGCUUGUGUAUUUGCCUUCAUCGCAAUUGGGUGGCCAGUGAUCAUCUAUAAGACAGGAGUCAUGGGAUGGAUCAAGUUCUGGUUGAUGCCAUGGUUAGGUUAUCAUUUUUGGAUGAGUACCUUCACAAUGGUUCAUCAUACAGCUCCUCACAUACCUUUCAAAUCUGCAGAAGAGUGGAAUGCUGCUCAGUCCCAGCUUAAUGGGACUGUUCAUUGCAACUAUCCUAGUUGGAUAGAGAUCCUAUGCCAUGAUAUCAAUGUGCACAUCCCCCACCAUAUCUCUCCAAGGAUACCGAGCUACAAUCUGAGGUCUGCUCAUAAAUCUCUCCAAGAGAAUUGGGGCAAGUACCUAAAUGAAGCAACGUGGAAUUGGCGCUUAAUGAAGACGAUAAUGACAAUCUGCCAUGUAUACAAUGAGCAAAAGAAUUAUGUUCCAUUUGACGAAAUUGCCCCCGAAGAAUCUCAACCAAUCACUUUCCUUAGAAGAGUGAUGCCUGACUAUGCAUGAUUUAUGACAAACUUCAUGGGAUCCACUACCUUUUUGGUUCUUUGUAUUUUUCUUUCUUUUUUCUCCCCAAGGUCAAGUUACUGUUUUUGUUCCUUAAUGCAAUGAUACUUUAAUUAUGGAAAUAGAGUAUUUGGUAAGAGUAAAAGCAUUGA